CCAACGGUUUUGGACAUGCAAGGAUUAAGAAGGAUACUGACUGCUUUCACACUGGCUGUCUGCCUUUCAAGCCCUGGAAAAGCACAGCAGCAAUGCACUAAUGGGUUCGACCUGGACCGUGCCUCUGGGCAAUGCUUAGAUAUUGAUGAAUGUCGGACCAUUCCCGAGGCCUGCAGAGGAGACAUGGUGUGUGUGAACCAGAACGGGGGCUAUCUGUGCGUGCCCCGCACAAACCCCGUGUACCGCUCGCCCUACCUGAGCCCCUACUCCAAUGUGUACCCACCGCCCCCAGCCCCUGGCCCCGUGCCCAACUACCCCACUGCCACCCGGCCCCUCAUCUGCCGCUUCGGCUUCCAGCUGGAUGAGAACAACCAGUGUGCUGAUGUGGAUGAAUGCGCUUCAGAUUCUCACCAGUGUAACCCCACCCAGAUCUGCAUAAAUACUGAAGGGGGCUAUACCUGUUCCUGCACUGAAGGCUACUGGCUGUUAGAAGGCCAGUGUUUAGACAUAGACGAAUGUCGCUACGGCUACUGCCAGCAGCUGUGCGCCAACGUGCCCGGCUCCUACUCCUGCACCUGCAACCCCGGCUUCACGCUCAACGACGACGGGAGAUCCUGCCAAGAUGUGAAUGAAUGUACAAGUGAAAACCCUUGCACUCAGACCUGUGUCAACACCUAUGGCUCUUUUCUCUGCCGCUGUGAACCUGGCUAUGAACUGGAAGCUGAUGGAGUUAACUGCAGUGACAUGGAUGAGUGCAGCUUCUCGGAGUUCCUCUGCCAGCACGAAUGUGUGAAUGGGCCUGGUUCUUACUACUGUACCUGUCCUUCAGGAUAUAACUUGCUUGACGACAGUAGAAGCUGCCAAGAUAUCAAUGAAUGUGAAAUCAGAAACUUCACCUGCACUUCACAGCAAACCUGUUUCAAUAUCCCAGGAGAAUAUAAAUGUUUAGACCCAGUACGAUGUGAGGAGCCUUAUCUCCAGAUUAAUGAGAACCGCUGCAUGUGUCCAGCUGAAAACCCUGGGUGCCGAGAUCAGCCCUUCACCAUCCUGUACAGAGUGAUGGAUAUGGUGUCUGGGAGGUCUGUGCCUUCGGAUAUUUUUCAGAUGCAAGCAACAACUCGCUACCCUGGAGCCUACUACAUCUUCCAAAUCAAAUCAGGGAACGAGGGCAGGGAAUUCUACAUGCGGCAAACAGGACCCAUCAGUGCUACUCUGGUGAUGACCCGGCCCGUGAAGGGGCCACGCACGAUCGAGCUGGACUUGGAAAUGAUCACUGUAAACACCGUCAUCAACUUCAGAGGCAGCUCUGUCAUCCGGCUGAGGAUAUUUGUAUCACAGUACUCCUUCUAA